CCUUCUGGUGUGGCAUAAACCUGGCUGCCAUGGUGUCAUCAGAAUGUGGGCGUGCCCCCAUGACGCCACAAUGUGGGGGAUCACAUGUGUCUUCUUUUCCUAAUGAAGAUCUGCCCAGGAACAGAUCGGUCAGCCUGCCUGCUUUCGGUAUAGUUGUCCUGUUAAUCAUGUUGCUGCCUCCUCUGAGCAUCCUGUUGGGAUUGGCUGCCUGCUGUUCAUCCUUAGAUAAUGGUUUACUAAGGACUCCACCAAUGGGCUGGCUGCCUUGGGAACGUUUUAGAUGCAAUACCGAUUGCAAAACUGAUCCUGGAAACUGCAUCAGUGAGAACUUGAUCAAAAGUAUGGCAGACAAGAUGGCAGAAGAUGGAUGGAAGGAGCUGGGUUACAAAUAUGUGAACCUUGAUGACUGCUGGUCUGCAAAGGAAAGGGAUUCCCAGGGCAGACUUCAGCCAGACCCAGAUAGGUUUCCAAGUGGUAUUAAAGCUCUUGCUGAUUAUGUACAUUCCAAAGGGCUGAAAUUUGGAAUUUAUAGUGACAUGGGUAACUACACCUGCAAUGGUUACCCUGGGACCACACUGGACACCAUUGAUACAGAUGCCAAAACAUUUGCAGAAUGGGAAGUUGACAUGCUGAAGCUUGAUGGCUGCUAUUCCAACUCAUCUGUUAAAGCAAUAGGCUACCCAAAGAUGAGCAUUGCUCUGAAUAAAACAGGAAGACCCAUCGCUUACUCAUGUAGCUGGCCAGCCUAUGAAGGAGGGCUUCCCCCAAAGGUAAAUUAUACUGUACUUGGUGAAAUCUGUAACCUCUGGAGAAAUUUUGGUGACAUCCAGGAUUCCUGGGAGAGCGUUGUAAAUAUUAUUGAGUGGUAUGGAAAUAAUCAGGAUAAACUGCAACCUGCAGCUGGUCCAGGAAGAUGGAAUGAUCCAGAUAUGCUGAUUAUUGGUAACUUUGGCCUGAGUUAUGAGCAGUCAAAAGUACAGAUGGCAUUGUGGGCAAUCCUGGCAGCCCCUCUCUUUAUGUCCAGUGAUUUAAGGACAAUUUCUGAGGAUGCCAAGUACAUCUUGCAAAACAAGCUGUUGAUUUAUAUAAACCAAGAUUCUCUGGGGAUUCAGGGACAGCGCAUUAUACAGGAUCUGCGGGUUGAUCACAGUAUAUGCUUAGAGUGCUCUCAGGCUCUAGAGAGAGUCCCAAGACUCUCAAAAGAUGGAUGGGGGAAAGUUGAGCCAUCAUUUUGAAGUAUGGAAGAGAAUCCUGUUCAACGGACAGUUUGCUGUAGCAGUGAUGAACAAUGGCACGGAUGGCAUGCCAAGACCUUUCACAACCAAUUUUGCACUACUGGGUAUCCUGGAUUGCAAGGAGGGAUACAAGAUUUAUAAUGUUUUGGAGCAAAUGUUCUUAGGAGAUUUUGCACUCGACACAACUAUUAACAUAGAAGUUACUCCAACGGGUGUAGUCUUGCUGUUUCUCAGGCCUUUGUGUUCUGUCACCUACUUUACAAAGCCAAUCCUGAGAACCCAAGCACCUGAACUGCAAUAAAGAGUGUUAACUAGGGUAAUUACAAUGGAGUUCACUGUGGAUGGGAGCAAAGGUACAGGAGCUUUGAAUCAGAGAUAUUUAGUAUCAGGUGCAUUAUCUAAAAUACAUUUGAAAUGGCUGUCAUCUUUCAACUAGCACUAGACAAAUGAGAUCUUGAAGCUGCUUGAACUGCUAUUGUGGGUUCUAUAUUAGCAUAUACCCAGCGGAAUAUGUUGAGGUUGAGCCUGCAGAAGGGAAGAAAAACAGCACUUUCAAACAGUACAAAACCAAGUGGCUGAUCUUUGUUUUUUCAGGAACAUCUUGUUUUAAAGAUGAGAUUUCUCUUUGUACAAAAAAAACCCAAAAAAACCGCACCACAUUGAAUGCUACAGACCUUUCCUUUGAUCUCCCCACAUAUAGAUGGUACAUAUAACUUUAUUUAGAGAGACCGCAAAGGCAGUCAGACCUGAAAUACAAUAUUCUCUCCUUUCCUCUCACCCUUUUUUUUUGUUUUGUUUUGUUUUGUUUUAAGUGAGUUUGUUGCAGAAUGUUCCCCAACUGAUAGUGAAAUUAUGUGCUUCAUAAUUAAGGCUGCAGUCCAGUUGGGGCUAAAAAAUGAGCCACAUAUGUGCAGCCAGAGGAAGAAUGUAGUCCUUAAACUUUUGGCCCUUUUGCCACGUGACCCAAACAAAACAAACCUAAGAUGCUCGGGUUUUGCUGCAACAUGUAUUUACGUAACAAAAUGUGACAUUUGCACCUCCAUAGUCUCCCUUCCUGCCAGCUCCAUACUCGUGAGCCAAGAAAACACAGGGAUGGACAGGCAGUUUAAGACUUUGCAGACCUUUUUCUGGAGCACUGGUAUUUAUGGAGUUUUGUUAAUAACAGGGUAUUUAGAAUACAAGUUGUUUGGGUGUUUGGCAGUGGGACGGGCUUUGCAUUCUUUUUUGGGCCUGUCAACUUCCAUAGAGCAUCUUUAAAAAAAAAAUUACAGCAUUAUUAUUCUCUGUAUAAUAAACUGAAAGUCAACAUCCUCUAGUGGCCUGAAAACAUGGGAUUGAGAACCAGGAAUUUCUUACCACUGCUUUGCCCCCGGACAUGCUUUGUGGCCUCAACUGAUCUGUGCCUCAGUUUCCACCUCUGUAAAAUAUAGUUCUGAAUGCUUUCCUACCUCACAGGAUUGUAGUGAGGACUGAUUUGUUUUCAGGUAAAUUAAAAUGCACUUUCUCUGUAACGUUUUGACACUUAGGCUUUUGAUAAGUUAAUUUUAUGCAUUUCCCCUUCAGUUACUCCAGAGUCAAUAGCAUAGUACUGGUUUAGUGAGGGAAGAAUCUGGCUUAUAGUAAUUAUUACUCGUAUCUAUUCAUUCAUGUCUAAAAGUUUCACUAGUAGUCAGUUUAGAUAUUUUAAUUUUCAUCUUACUGCCAUUUCAUCUUGUUAUACUUAGGGUCAAGGAACCCCUUUUUUAUUGUUCAACUGUAAAUCAACAAACCCGGUAAUGAAAAAUAAUAAUUAUAAUUAUUUUGAAUGGAACGAAUAAAGCAUUCUUAAAGCAGUGAGGUCACUUCUCAGAAUUCAUUCAUUUAAAAAGAAACUGAACUUAAAAUAGUGAUGUUUAAUGCAUGAAAAUUAAAUAUUGUUCCAAUCAUCAGAAUGUGUGUGAAAUACAUUUACAGUAAUGUGGAUGAGAGUACUUAAAACCACUUAUAAACACAACCUUAGCUCAUGUAUUUUAUUAUUUAGUGCAUGGUAUAAAAUACUGCUUUCUUUUUAAAUUAAGAUUCUUAUAGCAAAAGAAAAAAACAAUAGUGUCUCUGAUUGGGAAAAAAGUUUUAAAAUAAUCAGCGAUCUAUUAUGGAAAGUUAGGGUAACUGCUAACUCCAUACAGAUAUAGAUAAAACUUUCAGUACAAUAGUUAUUCACUUCAGCUUUCAGCGUGUUCUUCACCCAAAAGAUUUUAGUUGAAAUGUUUGAGAUUGUUAGUUUUACCUUUAUUGUGGAAAUGUGGCACCCCUGGUCUCUCAUACCAAAGAUCAGUUGCUAGAAUUAAAGAAGGAAAGAGGAAGAUUUAACUUUAGAACUUGGGCUUCAGACCAUUUACUUUGAGUUGAUUCAAUCUAUAUGGCCAAUUACAGCACUUAUGUAAAUGGUCACAACUGCUUUGAAGAUAAUGGAGCUCUACCCAUAUACUCAGGGGGUGAAUUUGAUAUUCUGUAUCCUAUCUAAAAACCAAGAUAGAGAUUGAGAAGGCUAAUAAAUAGCAUCGUCUGUUGGGAGGGUAGAGUGGGAAACCCAGUCCCAAGUCCAUCCAAUUUAGUUUUAAUAAGUUUUUGUCUUUAAUACAAUUUCAAAAUAGAAUUAUUGAUAAUUGGGUCUGGACGUCCAGACACAAGUGACAACAGAUAAGACUGAAUAGGUAAAUGGACCCAAGUUAUUGUAUCCUGGGAUGCCAAGAAGUCUUUCCUUCCUUCCUCCAUGAUGGUCAUCACUUCCCCUCAUCUCCUGGUCUGGUCCUUCAGUCCCAUACUUGAGUUUCUGAUGUAGCAUUUCUCCAGUUUUGGUCGCAUUUUCACUUGGAUUCUUAAACCUUUUAACAUUCCCAAUUUUCCUCCAACCACCAUUCAACACAUUACUUAUUGAUUUUUACCUAACCUACAUGUUACGCAUACACAAGCUUCAGUUACCCUGUAUCUACAUUUUUACUGCUGAAUUUGUAGUUUCUGGAUCACAUUACUCUGGGUCAUUCUGUUUCUAAGUUUGCAAGAUGGGGGGGUAAAGGGGGCAUUUAUUGUUGCAUGUUUGUACCUCUUGCUUACAUCUUCCAACACACCAGGUUAAAGUAAUGUUGCUGGCAAGAUAAGUAAAUCAGCAAAUUAUAUUGAGAAAAAAAACAAAAACACCCAUGUCAAGGAAAGCUUUGGCCUCCAUGCUACCUUAGCUAUACUUACUCACUCUUCAUAAAUACAAGUUAUUAAAAAAUAUAGCUAACAAAGCCUUUAAUCUUAUCAAUAGCAAUCCCACAAUGUUAAUGUUUAGAUCAGUAUGUGUAUAUUAUCCUCCCGCUUAAUUUAUUACAAGAGGGAUUUUAGAGGGCACACUAUGAUUCUUUAAUGUCAACAUUUCUUAUCUUCUGCAAACGCAAAUUUGUCAGGGGAUUUUUAUUUUACUCAAAGUCCAAACAGUUUGUUUUUGUGUAUGGUCAAAUCAGUUUUUCUCCUGUUACAAAUUUUUGGGUGGACUGGUUUUUGAGCCUUGGUUUUUAGUUAAUUUUAAUAGUACCUCAACAGCUGAAAGGUUGUUUAACACACUAGAAGAACAAGUAGGCAGAAUGUGGUAUUUUAAAAUGUUUUCUUGUUACCUUUAUGUCCCUAGCUACCUUCUUCAUAGGAAGUAUGGUAAGCGACCACUCUGGCUUAACUAGGAGAUAUUCAACCUGAAACUCAAAAAGUCCUGUGAAAAGUGGAAACUAGGUCAAGCAUGUAAGGACAAGAUUAGACAGGCCAAGACACAAAACAAAAUUAGACUAGCUAGGGGCAUUAAGGGUAACAAGAAAACGUUUUACAAAAACACUAGAAGCAAACAGAAAACCAAGGACAGGGUACGCCCCUUUACUCAAUGAAGUGGGAGAAAACAACAACAAAAAACACAGCAAUGGCUGAAGUGUUAAAUGCUUUUUUUUUUUUUUAAAUCAGAAAGGUUAGCAGUGAUCAGACCACUAACAGUGCACAUCAGUGUAAACAGGGUAGGAUCUGAGGCUAAAAUAGUGAAAGAACAAGUUAAGAAUUACUUAGGCCUUGCUUACAUUACACAGUUUUGUCAACAGAAGUCAGCUUUUGGCAACAAAACAGUGGAUGUGUACACACUGAAAUGCUUCUCCUGCAGAUGUAACUCCCCUGCUAUGCUGACAUCAUAAAACCACCUCACUGAGAAGCGUAGGGCUUAUAUCAGUGUAGUCAAGGUGAGACAGUGUCUCUGUAGAGACAGCGUUUGACAAAUUAGAUGUCCUCAAGUCAGCAGGGCCUGAUGAAAUUUACCUCCUAGAAUACUUAUGGAACUGGUUGAAGAGAUCUCUGAAUCAUUAGUGAUUAUCUUUGAGAACUCACAGAGCACAGGAGAGAUCCCAGAGGACCACAAAAAGGCAAAUCUGUAAAAAGGAGAAUAUGGACAACCCAGAGAAUUACAGACCUAGCAUCUUAAUUUUGGUAUCUAGAAAGAUAAUCGAGCAAAUAAUCAAACCACCAAUGUAUUGGCAUGUAGAAGAUAAUAAUGCAACAAAGUAAACAGUCAACAUGAA